AUCUCCCGUCACGAUUCUCAGAUAUUCCGUUACUUUGCUUUUAAAUGUCUUUCAAUUUCCUCUCGAUUCUGCAGCUCACAUUUUAGAAAUUUUAGCGUGGAACACAAAACAGGACGCGCGCAACCUCUUUACGACCAACACAUUUUAUUCUCACUGUUUUCAAGCUUUUACAUCGAGCACUUCCGACAAAUCGGUCUACUUCUCUUUUUUAUUCAAGCCCCAUUGCCACUAAGUUGCCUUUAAGUGUCUUUGCUCUCCUCCCUGACUCGUUCGACAGACGACUAGCUGAUAAACACUAGCUGUUCAUCUCCAUGUCAUAUCUCGAGAGCGUAAAUUAUCGAAGUUCAAAGUCGAUUUGACAAUUACAAUAAAAAUAUUAUGUGCUUAACUCGUGCUAGCAAGCAGUUAAUUGCUGUUCGAACUCUUACGGCGGCUUUUCAGUGAAGUAGCUAGUUGUCCCUUCCCCGCUGUACCAGGAGGCCAGUGACAUUUGAAUUUCUACCAUCGGCAGUGUUAUGGCCCAAAGAGACAUACUGAAAAGGCUAGUCAUGAACUUCGUCAACUCCUUACGACGACCGCCACGGCCGAAGUUGUGUGGAGAGGAUAGAUUUGGCAAUAAAUAUUACGAGUUUAAACCUGCCGAAGGAAGCAAUCUACGUCAAAAACGCUGGUUUGUACCAUUAAAUGAAACACGUUUCGACCAAGAGAUUCCUGUAGAAUGGGAAGCUUGGCUUCGAUACCGCCGAAGUGAACCGCCGAUGCCUGAGGAAAUCGAGGCCAAUCGCAUCGUUCAACAACAGACGAUAAAAAAUGCCAAAAAAUUGAGCGGCCAACGGAAACUGACGUCCGAUCUGCAGAAAAAUCCUUUCUCGGAUUUCCCUGAUAUUUCGGAAUAUGAAAAACAGCCCGGACAGGGAUACAUUCGGAUACCAGAAAAGCCCGAUCCACCUGAAAAGAAAUGACGACGCCGUGAUAAUCUUAAGAUGAGCUAAUUCAUAAAGAAACUGAGACGCUUUUAGUAUCGGCAUAUUUUGUUGUAAUUUAGAAAAUGCGAAUAAAGGAUUCUCGAGUUGCAUCGGUCUAAGAUAAUGAUAAAGUUUAUUACUUUUACGGAAUUAUUAGUCGCAUUCGUCUGCUUGUUCGAUAAUACAUUUUCUUUAUUUAGUUUCUAUUAUUAAUUUUUACAAUAGCAUUUAUAUAUACAAGAGCAUCUCAUAGAAGUUUGAUGAAGAAGAAGGAAUGAUGGGUCUUCGCAUCUUAAUCAAGCUAUUUAAAAAUUGUCUCGACAACCCCGACUCUAUUUCGCAUCCUGUUGUGUAUUAUCAUAUUGUAAACUCAAGGACUUCCAGUGUGUUGUUGGUACGAUGUACUGCUCCUUCUCGGCAGCUUUAAUGGAGUAUAAUGGUAUUUGCUGCUCCUCUUUAUUUUAGGAGCUAAACUCAUCAAUAGCUGCCCCGCAACAUUUUGGCACUUACUAUUUUUAUCAAUUAUCAAUCAAUUAAUAGCCGAGAUUGGAUAGACAGUAGGACAAUUUAUAAAACGUAACCCCUUCAUUGCUGAGUUCCCUAAAAGUUUCUCCGACUCUGGAAUAGGAAUGCUUUUCGGCUCAACUUAUUUGUUGCCUAGUCAUAAGUUUUAACCGCGAGUCAGCCAAUACCCGCUAACAUAUUAAGGUUAAUUAGGGACUUUCCAUUUAAAAGGGAACUUCAUUUAAGACGUGAAGCUAAAUUAUUCGAACAGAUUUGCAGAAUAUAUCUAGGAUCAUUGUAAAAAAUAUGGGAAGAUGUAUAGUUCAACUAUCUUGACUCGCGAAAUCCUUUUUCUGUACCCAAAUCAAAUACUCCAUAGUUAUACCCAAAAACCUGUUAACUUUAUCUUCCCUCUGCAGCACAUUUAUAUUUCGCCUGCUUGUGUUUCACUAACCCUGUUUUAUAUAUACCUAUGUUCGUGAAAAUUUGCUGCUAACGCGAAAACUGUUUCCUGAAAUGUGCCCAACUAUUUUACGCUCUUCCAUUUUUAACUUUGUUCUUUAAGUCCCACCAUUUUGACUCUCGGUACCAGUUUUCAAUUGCCUUAACAGGAGCCUGAAUCAUUUUCGUCGUUCGAAGCCCUUUCACCAGGUAUCCCUAUAACCAGACAAGCCACACAGAUUAGACAAGCCACGCUAUUCAUACAGUUCUGUUCUUGGAGCUGCCUCAGCUGCCACUGUUUCUUCUAUUAUUAUUGAUGAACGGGAAACUACUUCUGCUGCUGCUUUUGAUACUGCAUGUGCUGGUGGUUCGAAGCGAGAUCAGGUCUCUCGGGACAACUGAUGUCCUGGCAUGACACAGCUGGCGACCAUUG